GCACCGCCGCCUCCCGCGCUCGGCCUCCGCAGCCCUCUACCCGCCACCGCCGCGCCCACCCUGCGCAGGACCCCGCGAGCGGCGGCGCGCGCACCCUGCAGAGCCCCGGCCGCGCCGAGCUGCUGCCAGACAUGACCGUGGUGCCCGGGGACCACCUGCUGGAGCCAGAGGCUGCGGGCGGCGGCGGUGGGGACCCGCCUCAGGGAGGCUGUGGCAGCGGCGGCGGCGGUGGCUGCGACCGCUACGAGCCGCUGCCGCCCGCGCUGCCCGCCGCGGGCGAGCAGGAAUGCUGCGGGGAGCGCGUGGUCAUCAACAUCUCGGGGCUGCGCUUCGAGACGCAGCUCAAGACCCUCUGCCAGUUCCCCGAGACGCUGCUGGGCGACCCCAAGCGGCGCAUGCGGUACUUCGACCCGCUCCGCAAUGAGUACUUCUUCGACCGCAACCGCCCCAGCUUCGACGCCAUCCUCUACUACUACCAGUCGGGGGGCCGCAUCCGCCGACCGGUCAAUGUGCCCAUUGACAUCUUCUCCGAGGAAAUCCGCUUCUAUCAGCUGGGCGAGGAGGCCAUGGAGAAGUUCCGUGAGGACGAGGGCUUCCUGCGGGAGGAGGAGCGGCCCCUGCCCCGCAGAGACUUCCAGCGUCAGGUGUGGCUGCUCUUCGAAUACCCGGAGAGCUCGGGGCCGGCCCGGGGCAUUGCCAUCGUGUCGGUGUUGGUCAUCCUCAUCUCCAUUGUCAUCUUUUGCUUAGAGACUCUGCCCGAGUUCCGAGAUGAGAAAGACUACCCCGCCUCCCAGUCGCAGGACGUGUUCGAGGCCACCAACAACAGCACGUCGGGGACCGCCUCUGGAGCCUCCAGCUUUUCGGACCCCUUCUUCGUGGUGGAAACCCUGUGCAUCAUCUGGUUCUCCUUUGAGCUGCUGGUGCGGUUCUUUGCUUGCCCCAGUAAAGCCACCUUCUCCAGAAAUAUCAUGAACCUGAUAGACAUUGUGGCCAUCAUCCCUUAUUUCAUCACUCUGGGCACUGAACUGGCUGAGCGACAGGGUAAUGGGCAGCAAGCCAUGUCUCUGGCCAUCCUAAGGGUCAUCCGCCUAGUAAGGGUCUUCCGCAUCUUCAAGCUCUCCCGCCACUCUAAGGGGCUGCAGAUCCUGGGGCAGACGCUGAAGGCAUCCAUGCGAGAGCUGGGGCUGCUCAUCUUCUUCCUCUUCAUAGGGGUCAUCCUCUUCUCCAGUGCUGUCUACUUUGCUGAGGCAGACGACCCUUCUUCGGGUUUUAACAGUAUCCCGGAUGCCUUCUGGUGGGCAGUGGUAACCAUGACAACUGUCGGCUAUGGUGAUAUGCACCCAGUGACCAUAGGAGGCAAGAUUGUGGGCUCACUUUGUGCCAUCGCAGGUGUCUUGACCAUUGCAUUGCCAGUUCCUGUGAUUGUUUCCAACUUCAAUUACUUCUACCACCGGGAGACAGAAGGGGAAGAGCAGGCCCAGUACAUGCAUGUGGGAAGUUGCCAGCACCUCUCCUCUUCAGCCGAGGAGCUCCGAAAAGCCCGGAGUAACUCCACCCUGAGUAAGUCGGAGUAUAUGGUGAUCGAAGAGGGGGGCAUGAACCACAGCGCUUUCCCCCAGACCCCUUUCAAAACGGCCAACUCCACCGCCACUUGCACCACGAACAAUAAUCCCAACUCGUGUGUCAACAUUAAAAAGAUAUUCACUGAUGUCUAAUAUAUGAUACAGUAGACAGACUGUGCCCAGUAUUGUGUGGACCGUGCCCCCUUGGUCUGUGUAUGCCCUUGAUUUAUACAUUUCCAGACCAUUCAUCAAGGAAAGGCCAUAAAAAAAAAAGUGGAAAAGCACACUGCAUUCUCCCUCUCCCUGCCGCUUCAUACUGACACAGGUGCCUGUUCUGCAAGUGGGCUGCGUUCUCUCAGCUCUUUUUUCUAAAUCUCUCUCCUCGUCUUUUAGUUUUGUGACCAACAAACUUACAUUAAAGCUUGAUUUCUAGUCACCCCCCAUGAAAACCCACAUCCUGGGAGGAAACGAAACUUCAGGGGCCGGAGUAACUGUUUAACCUCAAAAUCAAAAGAUAGCUGUCUCUUUACUGAGUAGAGGAGGCGGGACUUAAAUAAUGCUCCUUGUUUGGUGAGCCGUUUGUUAGUGUUUGUGAACUGUUUGGUUUAAUUACCCAGCCUCUGGAUUGGUGGACAGAAAGUCUAACUAGAGCGAUGGCUUAUAAGCCCACCAUGCAUUGACUUUGUUUUUGACCAGUCUUUCCAUUUGAAUCUCUCCUCUAAGAAUUUAAGGCUCGCAGUAACUUUGAACCAAAAGGGAAAUGGCCCAAAUGUCCUGAUCUGACUAUUAACUCUUUGGAGUUUGCAAAGCGUUUUGCGAGUAUUAGACACGGAUUCCAGUGAAGUUGUGAGUGUGUGCCCCAGCCAACAUCUACAAACGUCUAGAAACUCGUUUUCAGAGCUGUCAAGAGCAACAACCAAGAAUCCUAAGGCAUGUGAGAGAUAAGCUUCUGCGGUGUCACGAGAAGAUUAAAGUGACAGACACCCCUUCCAGCGGAAGUUACUAAUUCGGACCUGACUGAUGCAGUUCCCAUAGCAACCCAUGUUUCCUGGGAAACCCGAAAAAGGUUGUCAUGGCAUCUUUUGCUCUUUAGCCCCACCCCCCUCAGGCCUUGCCGUUUCCACAGUAACCUUUCCAGAUGGUUCCUACUAACAUGAUUUCAUAAAGAAAAAAAAAUACUAUUUGAAUAAACCGCACAAAUUAAGUGUAAGACUGAGGUGAAAUGAAUCAUAAGAUGCUUUUUUAUAUUUUAUAUAAAUCAUUACUGUUAUCCCAUAAUGACUGAAGCAAAAAGGAAAAGAUCAUCUUUGGAAUGUUACACGUAAGCCACAAUAAGUAAGACUCUGAAUUAGAUUUCAGGUUUUUUUUUUGGUAACAAAUUUUAAAGAUGCUCCUGCACAGUUCUUUCACCGAGAAAUGACAAGCCGAGGAACGAAGAGACAACAACAGUAUAAACAUGUCCUGUGCAAAAGCAAGUAAAAGUCAGUGUACUCCAAGUCGUACUACAAGAGACCUUCAGAUUUCCUGUUACAAAAGAAAAAGAAGUCCAUCCGGACCCCACAACAGAAUUAUCACCAUCCCAGCACUUGAAAAGCAAAAUUAACCUCCGAUAUAUGAGGGAUGCAGGUUUUAAGGAGUGUAUUAUAGCCAAUGGAAAAGAAGGAUGGAUCAGGAAGUAAUAAGACCUUGGAAGAACACCUGCAGAUUUCAGGCACAUGCUGAGGGGUGCCAGCAGACAGGCAGAAUCAGCACUGUCUACAGCAGUUUCAAGCCCUUUCCACCUCUCAACUGUGACUAAAAGUGAUAACCCCUCCCACUAAGAAAUGCAAAGAAGCAUGUGCCCCUCAAUCCGGAGAUGUGCAGAAACACUGUGAGGCCGAAGUGAGAAGUUCUAGACCUGGGAGAAGCUAUUUAGGUCCCUCAAGAGAGCCCCACAUAAAGAACUGCAGAGUGACCCUGACCAGAAGCAUGCUCAGUUUUAACUGCUUGGAUGAGAGCGGAAUGACAGUAACAUAUUUUUAUUUCAGUUAAUAUUCAGAGAUACAUCUCUAAAAAAUGCUUCACUUGAAGGAAAGAACUCAGAGCUGUAGGGUACUCUUCAUAUUAUGAGUGGUACAAAUGAUAUCAAGCAGGAGAGAAGAGAGGAACAUUAAAAAUAAAAAAUAUUUAAAAAAAUAAAAUAUUAAGGUAUCAUCUUAACCUGUUGACAUUCUGAUGGAGUCAAGACAUCCCCAAACUACAAUCAGUGUCACGGAUAAAGAUAACCUUCUGUGUGUUUCUAACAAGCCAACUAUUGCUGGUUUGUUUUUUUUUUUUCAUUCAAGUAUUGAACUGUAUUUAAUUGUGAAACAUGUUCCUAUCGUCUGUGUUCUGGGUUAGGUUUAACUUUAUCUGUGAGUGUGUGACUAUACCAAAGGCUUCCGUUGGUAGACCCAUCCCAUUCACACAAAUAAGUGAAGUCAACACUGUGCCCAGAGGAGUGGUAGUAAAGAAACGUGCCUUGCCUGAUGAGACAUUCUUUUAUUUUUUAAUUCAAAAUUAUAGAUUAACAAAUUAGAUUUUAGGUAGGUUUUAGUUGACCUUAACUUUACAAAAAAUGCAGUAGUUCUUAUUCUGUUUAAGUUGUCUGUGUUAACUAAAAUUACAAUACUUAGUUAUACUUAGGCAUUUAUUAUAUAUCAAGUUCUAUUUUAUUUUCAUGGGAUGUUUGGUACGGUGAGACAAAGUACAUUCUUUAAGAUAUAUAUAAUAUCUCAUCUGAUGUUUAUAACUUUUCCUUCAAAGUUAUAUGUGUAAAAUAUUCUUUGACUCAUUUUCUAUUUUUAUAUUCUUUUAGAAAUGGAACUCUUUUUCAAUUAAAAAGGGGCAAAUUUUUAGUUGGAAAAGAGACUCGGGAGGUCAUAAAGACGGCGUCCCAUUUGGGAACAUUUAACUUCUGUGCCAUUAUUGUAUUUACUGUGACAUCUCAGCAGAAUGGUAGCUAUUUGUAUAUUAUUUCAUAAGCCUUAUGGAAAGUCAAACUGUGAACAUUCAAUAUGUACACUACUUUAUUCACUUGCAUAGUUUAUUGUCAAGAUAUGCCUGAACAAGUGCAUAAAAAGCAAUGAGUACUUUUAGAAGUUUAAUCAUAUGAUGACCUAAAAAUUCAAAUGAUGAAUUUCAUUAAUCAUAAGAACCUUAGUUAACAGCCACUUACCUAGUAACCCCCAAAUAGGUAGAAACACAAUCCAGGUAACUUUCUUUGAGGCAAUGUCUAAAGUGAAGUUUUAAUAAUCUCCUGGAAAUUUCUUCAUGUCAAAACAUGGAGACCAUAUUGCUAUCAUUUUAAUGAAGAUAAAGGGAUGACAGCUGUCUUUGCUUUGAGUGAUGUGAGCCUCCAAUAGAAAUGGCCAUGAGUACAGUGAGAAUACAGCCACCACCUUGUUUUUGUUAGUGUUCGCUCAUGUUGUAGAGAUACUAGCACUGGGAAUAGUGAGCCCUUUGCAGUCAUCUGACUCCUCAUAACUGAUGGCCACAGCCCCGUUAGCAGUAAAGCAAUCAUGGUGGAUGAAAACAAACCAGGGGUUCUUAAACGUUCAGGUGUUUGUGUAAGGAUCAGUAGGUGUUGCUAAAUUGUGCAAGAAAUACCUUCAUACAAUGACCCAUCUUUAAGCAAUGUAGUGUAUGUAAUAGUAUAUCUCUUUUAGGAUUAUAGGCCACAGUUAAAAUAAAGACAAAAUCUGGAAUACAAAAUCUGGAAUUUUGCACACACACACACGCGUGCACACACACACCAAAGAAGAGCUCAGAACAGUGUCAGAUGCAUAACAUACCAAAACAUUCACAUGAUGAGUAGUAAAAAUAGCAUGAGCUUCGAUAACAGGAUACUGGCAUUCUUACCCACUGCCUACCUCUGGGACCCCAGGUAAGUCAUUACCAUUGCUAGACUUUAGUUUCUUGAAUUGCAGAGUGGGCAUGCCAGGUUCAGCAAACUCCAAAGCCCUUUCCCGCUACCAAAUCCUGUUACACACAUCUCUUGAAAAAUGCUUUGAAGAAUACUUACACACUAGGAUUUUUAUAUGCAUUUCUAAAGAAUAAAUUGGAAUAAGAUUUAAGCUUUGAAAGUGCCAUGAAAUAUCUCAUUCUUCAGAUUGUGAGAAGAAGAAAUAGGAUUUCUUCUCCUUUAAGAUCUUUUCACUCAUCUAUAAUAGGAUCAUGAAAAACGGAGGGGUGGGGCAUCCCUCUGUAGAAGGGAAGCAGAUUAAUGAAACAGCUAACAAGAUGGGGGCAGGUAUCGGUAACAUUAAUUGGACGUUAAGGUGAUUUGCACAGUGUGCAUGAAACGCUGAAAUGGUCCCAGAACUUUACUGCACAUUAGGAGACUAAAGGUAGGAAAAGAUGGGAAAAGACCGGAGAACAGAAGUGUUUGCCUUAUUCUCUCUUUGUUCUUUUUACACGCGGGAGCCCAGAUGGAGAUCUUCAUUGCAAUACUGAGUCUGCCGAGCACUCAUUGCCCCAGGAAAGUCCUUUCAACUUCUCAGAACUCCAGUUUCUUAAUCUAUAAAGAGUUUAAAUUUGAAUUUAGUAAUCUGCAUAUUUCUUUUCAUCUUUUAACAUUCUGCGGCAUUUCAGGUUCUUAAAACAUUUGCAUAAAUACCCUUAUGUGUUGAUCCCCCCCCAUCAGUCACUAUGAUGCCGUAGAGUUUUCAAGAAACUGGGUAGAUUAUGAACUCAGACGUGUGUAUUCCUAAUACUGCUGUUUGACCUCGACAAGACCUGAAAAACUUAGACCUCAUUCUCAUUCAGAUCUAGCUAAAUUGUUAAAACUUGUCAUUUCAUCUUUUAAUGUUGAAUUCAUUCCCUAAACAAAUGUCUUUUCAAGUUACUCUCCACAAUUUGUUGUAAUUUAAUAAUCAAAUAUAUUGGCAUACCAGUGAACUAUAGCUGACUGUAAGAUACAAUUUUUGUCACAUUUAAAAGUUAAUGCCCUCUUGGUCCCAGAAACUAUAACUAUAAUAUAAAAGAAUAUUCAUAAAUUUUGUGAAUUUUUUAAUACAAAGGAGGCCCAAUGGAGCCAUACUGUAAUUUGUUUUGCUCAGGAGUGAGAAAAACAUUCAGGGAUACCCAAACACUUCUGUUUGGCAUUAGUGGACAAUUGAGGAAAGAAGGGUUAUAUCUUUUUGCACAACAAAGAUGACAGGUGACGAUGCCCAUUAAAAAUGGGAGUAUUUUCUGGUGACUGACUUUAGUGUAGAAAGAAAUAGGUUAGAAGAACGCCAGAGUCAGACACUAGAAAACUUAUUAAAAUGGUAAUGGUCCAUUGAAUAAUGGAAAUAUUUUUGUCAUACUGAGAUCCUUUGUCCAGAAAGUUAGUCCUAUUUCCUUUCCAUUCAGAAAGGGGCAGGUUUCAGAUGCCUCUGUCAUAAUAGGAAAUGUAUAUUUUGACUAGUGGAGAAAUUAGCUAAAGCAUCUAAUCUGAUCAUUUUAGUUUUGUGAAGCUGAAGUUUCAUCUUAGGUGUAGUUAGUCUCUUGCAUAUGUGGUAGUGUCCGUAAUCUUGAGGAAUGAUUUCAUUAGCUUUGUUUUUCUUUUUAAGUUGAUAAAAUGUGCUAAAUGGUGAUCCCAGCAUACCGUGUUAAUACUGUAUCCUACAACCAUUUGUGAAAAAACCACAGUGUUCCUCUUCUGGUAAAUUGUUUCUAUGGUGUGAUUGUUUCAUGCUGGGGGGUGGGGGUGGGGAGGAUAAGUAUUUAGUUAAAAUGUCAAAGUGUUUUUCUUAAAUGCCAUAAAAUUGUGUGACAUUAAACCAAAUAGGAAUAUCCUCUUUUUCAACUGUGAGAGAACUGUAUAGACUACUUUGGGGACUACCCCAUAAAUGCUAUCAUUUGUGGUUUUUUUAAGCUCAUAUAUUAUAGGUGUAACAUACAAUAUAUACCACAUACAAAGGAAUGCAAACAGUGUAUGUAGUGUUUCUUGGAGUCUACACCUGUUCAUUUACAUAAAUACUUACGCAUUGCAAAGACCAUCAACAUACUCUAUUUCAUUUCUAAAGCACUGCCCACAUGAAUUACUAAUAGUAUCUAGAGUUUAGAGAUAGAACAGUCAAGGUGUUAAAGAGUCUAGUGACUUACCAUAGACCAUGUGCCCAUAAGUGACUCUAAAUGUCAUUCACUUUGCACUUGCCAUCCUGGCAUGUGUGUGUUCUUUCUCGCUGCGUUGUAUUUCAAACUUAAACACCAAAAGAUGUGUUAAAAUUUUAAUGUUGUAGGGAAAAGGAGUCAUUGGGAUUGUGUUAGACCUUCUUAGAUAACUUCCAACCUCUGUCUACCUACUGUAAUGCCCAAGGAUUUUACCAACUAAAACAUAAGUCCCCACACACAAGUCAUACACCCUCAUAUCCAUUUAAUGUCACCAUGCCAAACAAAACUGCUCUUCAUCGAUCUCUUUUACUUGGCUUUUUUAAAAACCCAUCGUAACAGCUAAUUUCGGAACAGUUUUUCAAAGCAACUAGAGAAAUUGCAGCUGUUCUGACUCAAAGGGGAAAAAAACUAGGCCCCAUAGCAAUCAUUUUUUAGUUUGUGUAUGACUGGAGGAAACGAGAGAAGGGAGUUGGGAGGGUGUGUAUAUUCUAGAGAAACUAUCCUUUUCAGUAACUGUGUAGAUGUACUGGAUUAUUAAGUCGUAGGUAGAAGUUUGUUAACAUUAGCCAUAGUUCAAUUACUGGUAAGCUUUCCACUCAUUUAACGAUAUACUUAAGGAUUUUCCCCCAACUUACAUUACAACCAAUGACUUCUCGGUUUGAAUAUGAAGAACAGUCAUGUUUCAACCCAUGACCGAUAUUCCAUUUUCGUUCUCAAGUAUCAGGUAGCCGCUAGUACUGCUUACCCUUGUAAAUCAAUAGUCUGUGAUUCGUUCUGUACUUCUCUGUGCAAUGCAGUGUUAACUGUGAAUAGUUAAAGAAAAUGUGUUACUAUACUGGCAUUUAAUAUUUCCUAACAUUGACUUCAGUUUUCCCCAUCGAGUAGGUAAGUCAACCAAGUAUUAUUUUGUAUGAAAUGAAGUAAUAUUUAUUCUUAAUAACAACGGUAUUCUUACUACAAUGUCAAAUCAAACAUGCAUUUUCUAUUUUUAUAUUCGUUUUCUUUUGACAUUGAGUUAGGUCAAGUUACCGUAUAGUAAUGUAAAGUUAAAUUUUUAUGCCAUGUUCGCUGCUUAAUUUGGGGCCUUUUGUUAAGUAAACACCUGUGAGUUUUGAUUGUGUGAUAUUUCUUGUGAUGAUUUUUUUAAUUUGUCAUUGGACUGGAAGUGUUUAUUGCAAAUGUUAAAAACAUAAUCCAAUAAAACACCUGGAAAUGUUCUAUUGCAGUAAUAA